GCAACGGUGUUUGACAAAUCACCACUGAGGUGAAGUUAGUCUCAAUAAAAUGUAUCCUGUAUGCUUUCAGAGGUAAAAUGUUUUAAUUAAGCAUAGGUUAGCUGCCAUAUCUGGCUGUCGUCUGUUUUUUAGGCUAGACUGAGCUAAGCUAGCUUUAGCCAGACUGAUAUUUUGACAGCUAUCUUCUUCCAAUGAUGUCUUUUCAAGAGUCACCUCGGGCUGCUGCCGACGAAGAGGAGGCUUUCUACAUACAGUGCAGAGCCGCAUACCUAGCUGUGCUCAGAUCUAGUUUGACAAAUAUCGCUUCGAGACAGCAGUUAUGUCGUGUUCUCCAGCAGGCUGGUAGAAAUCCAUCCAACGCCACUCUCAAUAAAUACUGGACGCCAAGAACAUCUAAACUGAACUUUGAUGACUUCUGUGAGAUUCUCAAGUGUGAGAAGAAAACCGAGGAAAAUGAGCUGAUGAGAGCUUUCAAAAAGAUGGACGUGAAUGAUGACGGCCUCAUCACACAUAGUGAGCUGGAGAAAGCCCUUAGCACUAGAGGAGAGAAAAUGACCACUGAGGAGAUGAAUGCCAUUUUCACAUUAGCUGACAUCAACGAGGAUGGCAAAUUUGACUAUUCAAAAUUCUGCAGAUUGCUUGUGUCUACAGUGGAGCAGUGUCAAAUAGCUGCUUUGGAGAGGCUCGAGGCUGAUGCCAAGCUAAAGAGACAGAACUUUGGCAGCCAGUCAUACAGCCCUCCAAAACCCUCCGUGUCAUCGGCAUCAGCAGCAGCUCAAGCAGCAACUCAACCUCAGCCUCCAGAAACAGCGCGGGCAGAAUCAGACACUGCACUCAAGAAAGAUAGCCGAUCAUCUUCUCGCCCCUCUUCUGCUCGCAGUAGACGGUCGUCCCUGUCAAACUCGAUCACUAUGACAUCCAGCAGCACUAAGACCAACAAAACACCAGAGCCCUCUGGUUUACAGGAGUGGCAUCACAACUACAUGAAGGGAUGUUUCUUUCUGGAAGAUGAUGGGAGUAUCAGCUCACUGCAGUACCAGCUCCACCUGCCCCAGACAACCAGUGUCUAUCUAACCAUUCAACCACUCAGCCUCAGUCACAGACCUGAUAAACCUUCCUCCUGGACGACAGUGGACACAUCUCUUUUUGUCAUGUCAGCUGGUGAAACCAAAGAGGACUCAAUGUUUGUGUGUUUCACAGAGUCGAAAGACAAAGAAAGGUAUGUUUGGAAAGGAGAACUGAAUGCUGGGACUUACUACCUGCUUCCCUUCUCCAGUGGCUGCAGACUGAGGAAAAGGAGCAGAAAGAGCCUUUCUAAUAAACCUGUAGAGCUUGUCUACAAGACCGACACUGGAGAACUAGACCUCACCAGGGAGCUCAGGGAGGUGCUGUCUGACAUCUUUGAGGUGAUAGACUUGGAUGGGAAUGGUUUGCUCAGUCUGGAGGAGUACAACUUCUUUGAGCUGAGGACAAGUGGAGAAAAAUGUGACAAAGAUGCCUGGGCUGUCUGCAAAGAGAACUUUGAUAUGAGAAAGAACCAGCUGACAAGGCAGGGCUUCAUGGAGCUGAACCUGAUGGAGGCCACAGAGAAAGAUGGAGAUCCUGCUGACCUGUGGGUCACCCUAGAAGCAAUGGGCUACAACCGGAUGCUUGAGCUAGUGGAGGCUUGUCCAUUCCAGAUAGAUGUACACUGUGAAGGCACUCAGCCAUCUAUCCAGCCGCUCAGUAUGGACUCAGGGCCCAAGCUUCUGAACCAGGCCCUUCAGAAGUCCAUCACAGCUAGGACAGGGGCCAAAUCACUGAGAGGACACGACAGCAUCUUUAUCUACACCUACCGAGGAGAAAACAGGAUUUCCUCUGUCAUAGCCAACAAGUCCAACCAGAAAGUGACAGUCCAUGUGAACAAUGAGCAGAACAGGAACUGCAGCAGCAGUAGAGGCAUGAGUGUGUUCGCUGUAGAGGUGCCAGCCAGGACUAAGAUGGUGUGCCAACACGUCCUGCCCAUCAAUGAGAAACAGGAUUGGAUCUACAACUGUGUGGAGACUAUUCUGCCCAGCACGUAAAGCUGCACUCCCAUAAAUGAUCACAGCUCUUCUAGUGAUACAGAAUAGCUACAAGUGACAGUU